UACUGCCAUGUAGGCAAAUUAGGAUUUCUGGCCGUUGGAUGAAUUGGAAAUCGUAGGGCUGAGAUUGAUUUGGUGACGAAGCAAAUGCAUCUGAGGUUUCCACGAGGGGCUUUUGUAGACGUGAAAUAGCCCCAACAGAUGAUGAGAUUUGAGGGAAAAAGGGUUCAGUUUUAGAGAGAGAAAGUGAGAAGAGAGAUAGAGAGGAGAGAGAAAGCAAACAACAGCUACAGAAGCUGAAAGAGAAAAGAUACACAGAGUGGGGGGAUUUGCACCUCAGUCGGAAGAAAACAUCAUUCAAUAAAAUUUGCUGUUUUACACACCGGAGUUGCAGUGAAUUUUUUUUUUUCAAUUUGAUUUCUGUGUGAAUUAUGCAGUAAUUGGCCGCUGAUGAGAUAUAGGAUUGAUUAUAUUCAUCUGGUUCAAGCUCGGAUUCCGAUUAGAAAGCGUGGAAAAUUCAUCAAUGGAGAGAAACAGAGAAGCCAGAAGAGCUAGUAUUGUUGGCUCUAAUGGCUUCAACAGAAGGAGGCAUCGAACAAACAGUCUCCGAGACUCUCCGGAUGAAGACGGAGGAGUGGAGUUGCAGGAAUCUGUAAGGUUAAGGGAGAGAGUGAAGAAGGAUCGAGAUCGAGAGAGGGAGAGAGAAAGAGAUUUAAGAGAGCGGUCAAGUAGGAGUAGUAAGAGGAGAAGAGCUGAUAGAUUGAUGAACAGAGAGAAUAUCGGAGGAGAUUAUACUUCGGAAGAGAGUGUCGACGAUGACGACGACGAAGAUGAAGAACUCGCCGCCGCCACCACCACCGUCGCCGCCGCUGCCGCCACCGCCAGCAGAUUGUUGCAUCCGGUGGGGGGUUCCGUUUCCAACCACCACCAGCACCACCACCGCAACAGCCAUAUCAGUAGUUUUGGUCAACAGCCAAAUAGUAAUACCACUAAUAUUAUUGGUAGUAAUCACCAUCUUCAACCAAGGAAAAGCUUCCCUCCUGGUCCACCUCCUCCUCCUUCUUCUAAGGUUUUCAGAGCAACCCCUAUCUGGACACCAGGCGACGAGAUUAUCAGUGUUUCUGUUCCUAGAAAAGCCCGCUCUGCAAGUACAAAGAGGUCGCAUGAUUGGAUGUCUAGCAGCAGUAAUAUCAACGGCGGCGGCGGUGGUGGUGGAGCUGCUGGAGGAGAGCAGAUUUUCCGUCAAGCAUCAAGUUCUCCGGUGAGACAAGGCCUCGUUUCAACAGCGACCCCACCGCAGGCCGCCCCAAUGUCUCCGUCGUCUUCAAAUGCUGUGUUCAGAAAGAAACUUAAGCACUGUGGAAACAACGGCGGACAUAAACUAAAGCCACCGAAAUCAUCAUCGAAGCAGCAGAGUUCUUCGAAUCCUGAAGAGCUAGAGAUCGAAAUUGCUGAGGUGUUAUAUGGUUUGAUGACGCAGUCACAGGGUCCUUCUUCAAAGAACGAGGAUUCGAGAGAAAUUAAUAGAUCCAGCAGUGAUGCUCCGAUCUCAAAUUCUCCUUCGGCGAAUAAUCAGAUUUUGGAACCUAAUUCUAGCCCCCUUCAAUCUGUCGCUCCAAAGAGAAAGAAGCUGAGACAAGUACCGGAGAAUUCGAGCUAUGGUCCUCGGAGCAGCCCAAUUUCCGCCAAACUAGAGAUGGAUCAGACGGCAAAGAGUGAGAUUUCAUUUCCCAAAUUGGAGAAAAUCUCCGGAUCUAAAAUUGAAAACGGGUCUGUAGUCGAGGGCUGUUCGGGCAAUUCACUGGGGAAGCCGGUGCAGCCAACUGAGCCGACAGAAUCAGAUUCCAUGAAAAUUGAUUCAGAGUUCAAGCCUGUGGCUGAAGAAUUGAGGGAAAGCAGAAAUUUGGUUGCAAAGGAAGAUGUGAGCUCACCAAGUAAGAAAGAAUCUCCUAUAGUGAGAUAUGAAGAUAGUAUCUGCAUGGAAUCGGCGUUGAUUGCGACAGCUUCAGUUGCUGCUACAAUGAUUAAACAGAACCCGAUGGUUUCUAAUGUUGAAACUCAGAGGGAAAAUAAGUUCGAGAUCGAUCUGAUGGCUCCGCCUCAACAAACAAGAUCAUCUCCAGAAAGGGUAGCCAAGAUUCGUUCUAGGGCUGCAGCUGUGGACCAGAAGCCGGUUCUAUCUACUGUUGAUGCAGAGUUGAAACCGGUGGUUCCGAAAGAUAAAGAAGACGAGAAGGAGAAGAGUGCAAAAGAGCACUCGGCAAAUGUGGCAGCUGUAGUAGAAAGGAAAGGUGAAGAAGCGACUGAAUCGAAGAAGGAAAUUGGCCUACAGUUCGAUUUGGAAAAGCCUGAAAGAAUUUUGGACGCAGCUGUAGUUAAUGGAACUGCAAACAAGUUGCAACAGCAGACUAAAAAAGAACAACAGCAUGAAGUUCCACUACUAAAGGCAAACAAAGAAGAGCCACUCGAUGAGAAAUCUUGUCAACCAAAGAUUUCCUUGCCUUUGCCUAUGGUUAGUUGGCCUGGUGGACUUCCUCCCAUGGGAUACAUGGCAGCACCUUUGCAAGGAGUUGUCUCUAUGGAUGGCAGCAGUAUGGCACCAGCACCUAUCCCAUCAGUAUUUUCUCAACCCCGGUCGAAAAGGUGUGCUACACAUUGUUACAUUGCUAGGAACAUACACUGCCUUCAGCAAAUCAUGAAAAUAAACCCCUUUUGGCAAGCAACUGCUGGCUCUGCAUCGUCUUUGUUCGGCCCAAAACCUCCCAUUCUUAAUGUGGCUCCGUCAGAUUCGCACGAAAAUGCGGCUGUUAGAGGUUCUAAUACUCCACAAGAUAAGGGACAACACACUGUUUCCAACAGUCCUAAUCAUGCAGUGAAGGACAGCAAAGCUUCUCAAACUGCUGUUAUUUCCGAUUCUGCAAAACGAAAUCAGCACAUUCUGAUGCAGCAACAAUUGCCCCCUGUAGCACCUAGUAAUCUAAUGGGGCCUACUUUCAUCUUUCCUUUGAACCAUCAACAAGCAGCAAUGGCUGCUGCUUCUGCUCGGCUUAGUUCUGCCGCUUCAUCAAACAUCGCCACCUCUGCCGGUGCAAGUGCUUCAGCGGCGGCGGCGGCAGCCACUGCUAUGAGCUUCAAUGGGUACCCUACUAUGGCUGCCAAUGAAACACAGUACUUGGCCAUUCUGCAGAACAACAAUGGCUACCCUUUCCCUAUGCCACCGAAUUACAGGGGAACCCAACCAACUGCUCAAGGAGCUAUGCCUUUGUUCAACGGUUCCUUCUAUCCUUCCCAAAUGAUUCAUCCAUCUCAACUUCAUCAUCCCCAGCAAAAUGCAAGUGGCGGCGUAAAUGGUGGACCCCAAAAACAAAAAUCUCAUCCACCUCAGCAAUUACAACAUCCAUCACGAUCGAGGCAAUCUGAAAGUGAAGUCGGAUGUGAAGAUUCUACUACUCAGCCGACGGCAUCUGAUAGCAGCAGGGGGGCCAGGGCCCCCAUGAAUAUCUAUGGCCAGAAUUUCGUGAUGCCUAUGAUGAAUCCGCAGAAUUUUGCCUUGAUGAAUCCACAAGCUGCUUUUGCUAAUGCUUCUUCGUCUUCUCCUGGCAAUGAGAAGAAGUCUCAACAGCAGCAAAGCUUUGCAAUGUCGUUUGGUCCUAUUAACAGUACUGGCACAGGUCCAGCUAUGGAUAUGUCGUCAAUGGCUCAAAAUCACGCGAUCUUCCAGAGUUUUCCAGAAUCUACCAGGCAGAAUAUUCAGACAAUGUUUGCUGCCGCUGCUGCUCAGGCUGCACAGAAGAACAACUUCAGAAUGUCCGACGAUGAUAACAAAACUACUGAUGCUGAAAGAAAGAGUUCGGCCACCCCAAAGGCGGCUCAUAGUGGUGGAGGGCAAUCAAUUGCCUUCACUAGAUCAGACUUAGCCGAUUCGCCUGCUUCUUCUGUUCAGACCAACGGUGUAAUGGAAAGUUCUGGAAGAUCGAUAAACGGAACAUCUGGCCCUUCUCGAAGCUCUCGACCUGUUACACCCAAUGCGCAUCUUCAGCAGCAAAAUGGUGUUAAUCGGAGCAAGACUAAUCAAAUGUCAGAGCACUUGAAUUCAUCUUCUACAACGGCCCCUAAAUUUCCGAAUCCACUAUCUGGAUACCCACAAGACCUCGCCCAGAAAAUGAUGGGCAGCGGCCCAUCUGUAUCACCCUUGUGGAAAAAUUCGACAAGAACUACACCAACUUCCCAAGCCUCGUCAACAGCAGCAAACACAACUCUCAAGAACCUCCCUCGAACGACAACACAAAUGCACACUCAAAUAUCGUUUGGUGUAAAUCAGAAACCAGCAACGACUACUUCUUCGCAUGGGGGGCAAGCGCCUCCUCCUUGUAGCAACCAGUCUCCGUCGGCCUCUAUUAGUGCCAGCCCAAGAACUUCCUCUGCUUCCACCAACACCAAAAUGGGCCAUCAAACCCCAUCUUUGUCGAAAAACUCGCCUUCGAUCACCAACCAAAAGUCUCCAUCAAUUCUUGGAAACCCUUCAGUGCCACAUCAGCAACAGCAGCAACCACCAAAGACUAUGCAACAAGCACAAUUAUAUUUCACAAAUCCAUAUUCUCAAGCUCAAGUUCAAGCCCAAUCUACUCAUUCGACCGCUACGAAUUCCCACUCUUCUGGCCCGAGCGGAUUUUAUAUGCAGCGAAAAAGGCAAGAUAAUACGAGCACGAACGAUCCAGCGAAGGCGAUUGCUGCAGCAACUAGUAACGGGAAAGGUGGCGGUGGAUUGUUAUCUUCGCAGGGCAUUGUCCAAGCGGCUCAAUUUGCUGCACAGCCGGCUGGAACAACGACAACCCUCUUGCCUAAUGGUUUUACUUACGCACACCCCAUUCCAGCUGCUGUUCAGGUGAAACCUGCAGAGCAGAAACAAACCGCUGGAAAUGAUAAUGUACAUCCAUGGCAGCCUGAGAAGAAAUGAAGGACUACUCUGUCAAUACUUGACUUCCUUCGAAGAGGGAAAAAUCCUCCGACGAUGACACACACAGACGCACCGAAUGUGGGGAAUGAGAAACCCAAGUUUUGGAAGAAAGCACGAGGGCCGGGGUGAAGGGAGAAAGAUUGUGCCUUCAUCAGAUUUCACCAUCGAGAAGAAUUAGACAAGAUUCGAUCGGUGAAUCCCCCGUUAGCGAAGCGCGGCUAGCAAAGAGGAAGUUUAGAACUUAGACGAAAAAAGGGUGAAUGAAGAUUAGAGAUAUUGGGUUGUGUUUGUUUUGUUUCUUUCAUCUCUUGUAUCUUUCUUCUUGCCCCGGGAAAAAUUAGACUUCCCUGGAAAAAAAAAAAAAAAAAAAAAGAAAAGGCAUCACUUUCUGGACAUAUAUCUGUGUAGUAGAGAGGGUGUGUGUAUAAUGUAAAAGAGUAGAGCCCUCUUUAAAAGCUGGAUCUUUUAUCAUCAUUCUUUAAUUUUUUUUUUUUGGUUU